AUGUCGUCCCUGCCCUACAGAGCUCCCCCCUCGCGCAAGCAGUCGCGCCAGAUGUCGACUGACCCGCGCAAUGAGCUCCACCCGCACGUCGACCACUACAUCGGUGUCGAUGUCGGCACGGGCAGCGCGCGUGCCUGCAUCAUGAACGACCACGGCGACAUUGUCGGCCUUGCCUCCGAGAACAUUGGCCUCUGGCAGCCGCAGACGGGCUACUACGAGCAAUCCACCAGCGACAUUUGGCGGUGCAUCUGCUCAUCCAUCCGUCGCGCCCUGGACCAGCACAACAUCGACGCUGACACCGUCCGCGGCAUUGGCUUCGAUGCCACCUGCUCGCUCACUGUCUUCAACUCCGAGACAGACGAGCCCGUGUGCAUCACCGGCCCCAACUUCGACAACCGUGAAGGCCAUGACCGCAACGUCAUCCUGUGGCUUGACCACCGCCCCGUCGACGAGACGGUCAAGAUCAACAACACCAACCACAACCUGCUCCGCUAUGUCGGUGGCAAGAUGUCCAUCGAAAUGGAAAUCCCCAAGGUCCUUUGGCUGAAGAACAACAUGCCCAAGGAACUGUUUGACAAGUGCAAGUUCUACGACUUGACCGAUGCUCUGACUCACAUGGCCACUGGCAACGAGACCCGUAGCUUCUGCAGCGUCGUCUGCAAGCAGGGCUUCGUCCCUGUUGGCGUGGACGGCAGUGUCAAGGGUUGGCAGGAGGAUUUCCUCAAGGAGAUCGGCCUGGAAGAGCUUGUCGAAGACAACUUCAAGCGCAUGGGUGGCGUCAACGGGGUGAACGGUGAAUACUUGACUGCUGGUGAGCUUGUUGGUACCCUGAGUGAGAAGGCCGCCAUGGAUAUGGGUCUGCCCGCUGGCAUCGCCGUUGGCAGCGGUGUCAUCGAUGCGUACGCUGGUUGGAUUGGCACGGUCGGUGCCAAGGUCAAGCUGUCCGACGAGGAGCUCAACGCCGAUGUGCCCAAGAACGACGUUUCCCAGGCCUUCACCCGUCUGGCCGCCGUUGCUGGUACCUCCACCUGCCACUUGGCCAUGUCUCGCGAUCCUGUUUUCGUCAACGGUGUAUGGGGUCCAUACCGUGACGUUCUGCUUCCCGACUACUGGAUGGCAGAAGGUGGACAGAGUGCUACCGGUGAGCUGCUCAAGCACACGAUUGAGACUCACCCUGCCUUCAACGAAGCCAUGUCUGUGGCUGAGACGUUCAACACGAACAUCUAUGAGUACCUGAACGAACACCUCCGGGAGAUGGCUGAGAAGCAGGACGCGCCCUUCAUCAGCUGGCUCGGCAGGCACCUGUUCUUCUACGGUGACCUGUUCGGCAACCGCUCUCCAAUUGCCGACCCCAACAUGAGGGGCUCGUUCAUUGGUCUCAGCAGCGACAAGUCGCUAGACGCUCUGGCACUGGCAUACUUGGGAACCAUGGAGUUUAUCGCUCUGCAGACCCACCAGAUCAUUACUGCGAUGAACGAGUCUGGCCACUCGAUCUCAUCCAUCUUCAUGUCCGGCUCGCAGUGCCAGAACGACAUCCUGAUGCACCUGAUUGCCGCCGCUUGCGACAUGCCGGUUCUCAUUCCCCGCUACGUCCACGCUGCCGUCGUUCACGGUGCGGCCAUGCUUGGUGCCAAGGCUGCUUCGACCGAUAAGGAGGGUAAGAGCACCCCGCUGUGGGAAAUCAUGGACCGCUACAGCAAGCCCGGUAAGGCUAUCAAGCCUACCAAGAACGAGGGUGAGAAGAAGCUGCUGGCGACCAAGUACAAGGUCUUCCUUGAGCAGAUCGAGAACCAGACCCGCUACAGGAAGCUGGUCGACGAAACCGUCGCGAGCCUCAAGGCUUAA